CUGAAGGAUCCUUGACAUUGAGAAAUAGCUAGUGUUCCAGUUUCUUCCAUACGGUUGGACAUCAAGGCAUCGAUCUGUUUCUUUUACGUUUUAUGCAUCGGAAAGGCUUUUCCUGGGCUUCCAGCUGCAGACAUGAGAGACCGAAAUAUGAAAAAUGUCCUGGUGGUAUCCAUCGGAUUUCUAUCUCUGUUCACAGCAUACGGGGGACUGCAAAGUUUACAGAGCAGUUUGAAUGCAGAGCAAGGAAUGGGGGUGACCUCUCUCAGUGUUAUCUACGCCUCCAUCAUCCUCUCCUCCAUGUUCUUACCACCCAUUCUCAUCAAAAACAUUGGCUGCAAGUGGACUAUAGUGGCUGGCAUGGCCUGCUAUGUGACAUAUUCAUUUGGAAACCUCUAUCCGGGAUGGUACACUCUGAUCCCAACCUCCAUCAUCCUGGGCAUGGGAGGCUCUCCACUGUGGUCCGCUAAGUGCACCCUGCUCACCAUCAGCGGUAACCUGCAGGCACCCAAAGACAACAAGAAGGCAGCAGAUGUUAUUAAUAAGUACUUUGGCAUAUUCUUUCUGAUCUUCCAGUCUUCUGGUGUAUGGGGAAACCUCAUGUCCUCGUUGAUAUUCGGCUCAGAUACAAAUAUAACUCAAAUCUCAGAGGAAGAUCUACAAUAUUGCGGCGCAGGUGUGUGCGUUGAAAUCGGUGCGAACACCACAACCAAAAGGCCAGCACAAGAUCUGGUCUGGACACUCGUUGGCAGCUACAUUGGGGUGGGAGUGUUGGCCAUGAUCAUAGUGGCCGUGUUUCUGGACAACAUAGACAGAGAUCAGGCCCGGGAGUUCAGAGGCAACAGGGAGCCAUUCUGGAGCACCUUCCUGGCCACAUUCACCCUCCUGAAGGACAAGAGAUUAGUGAUUCUCAUCCCGUUGACCAUGUACAGUGGCUUUGAGCAGAGUUUUCUCUCUGGUGAAUAUACAAAGAACUAUGUGACCUGUGCGUUAGGAAUCCAUUUUGUUGGAUAUACGAUGAUAUGUUUUGCAGCCACAAAUUCCUUAUGCUCCUUUGUUUUUGGGAGGUUGGCAGAAUACACUGGAAGAGCUGCACUGUUUUGCCUGGCUGCAGUGACGAACCUUGCUUGUAUCCUGGCCCUGUUGUUCUGGAGACCUCAUCCAGAUCAGCUGCCCGUGUUCUUCGUGUUUCCUGCCCUUUGGGGCUUGGCAGACGCCGUGUGGCAGACACAAACCAACUCACUGUAUGGGGUACUCUUUCCCCGACACAAAGAGGCUGCGUUUGCUAACUACCGUAUGUGGGAGUCCCUGGGGUUUGUGAUAGCCUUCGCCUACAGCACUUUCAUCUGUCUGGACACCAAGCUCUACAUCCUCCUUGGGGUUCUGAUCCUCUCCAUGGUGACCUAUUUGUGGGUGGAGUACCAAGAACACAUGAAUCCUACACUCCCAGUGGAGGAGGGGAUAUACUGACUAUAAAAAGGACAGACUCCACAGCCAAGGAAAAUCGCAUCAUUGCUCAGACCAGCUUAUAGACUCAACAUAUUUAUUUCUAUUUCAUUUUUUACCCAUCAGGGAUUUUCUUUUCUUUUUCAAGUGAACCCUGGCAAAGAAACAAUUUGUAUAUAGUUAAAUUAGGCAAAAUAACACAUUAAGAAACAUACCUUUUUG